AUGGCAACUGCUAUUUGCGCAUAUCAGUUGUUAUAUGGAAGAAUAUCUGAUUUGAUUGGCCAAAAGAACCUUUUAUACUCGAGCAUGGUUAUAUUUGCAACAGGAUCUUUACUCUGUGGCGUGACAAAGUCAAUAUUGUGGCUUAUAAUUGCACGGGGUGUGGCUGGCUUGGGUGGGGAGGAAUUAGCCAAGUGGUUGCAAGCUCUUAGUGUCACCUGGAGUUGUUCCGCUAUUGCAGGGCCUUUGUUAGGGGGGUUUUUCAGCAGUAGCUCAUCAACAAUUAGUUGGAGAUGGGCUUCUCAUCAAUGGUACAACACCUCUUCAAGCUGGUGUACAAAUGAUAUCAUAUUCUCUGGGCUCAUCUUUGGCUUCACGUUUCUCAGGCUGAAUCAGAUUGGGAAUGCUCUUUCGCGCGCCCUAUCAAAUUUUUACUCAAGCUCUGAAACCUUCAGAACUCGCAACAGGAACAAGCCAUCUGGACGCUUUCCAUAUCCCCGCUUGAUUUGCCAACUGGGAUUGAAACAUCUGUCAGACUUCUUCCGCAGCCCAGUCACACCCAAUUUUACAAAAUACCUUACAGUUUCAUUCUUGUUGUUCAUAUCUCCACAACUGCCUUUGCUGGAUAAAGAAAAUACUCAAGCGCCAACAUUUGGCCAAGUCUGGCGGCUCCAGUUGAAUGUGCCAGGCUUUUGUGCUAGGGUUAGGGUUGUUGUGCACUGCUGCGUGCAGCAGGCAGGCAUACUCAUUUCCAAACUCUCCAAUCCAAACUCUGAGGAUGAGCAAGAGCUGCUAGAAAGACUUGUAUCUGUAAUAAAGUCUUUUGAGGGAGUUAGUGACUGUGCCUCCGGCACUCCUCUGCAAAGGGUGUUUGGGACUCCAGGGUUACUAAGGGAGGAAGAAGAAGAAGAGGAAGAAGAAGAUCUGGGCAUUGGAAAAAGCCCUAGCUGCGCAAAAGGUGGUGCAAAAGAAGAGUUGGUCACGGCGGAGCAGUCACAGGCUGGUAGGGCUUUUAGAAGAAAAGGUGCUGGAGAUAACUUCCUUAUGAUGAUGAGCUAUAUACAACUUUUUAUGAAAUGCAAAAGGUUCCAAGAGUGGAGAGCUUUUGGGAGUAAAUAUGGAGCACUUGCUGCUUGUGGAUCUGUUUAUGUGCUGGCUCUUUUAGCUACUCUGGAUUGGAAAAUGGAGAGAGUCUCUUACAAGACAACGUUCUAUGAUCCUUCUAUUCUUGCCAACACCAGUUAUCCCAUUCCUUGUAACUAUCAAGAAAACAUACAAUGGACUCAGCAUCAAAGGCGUAUCAUAAAAGAUAAAAACAUCACUGUGCAUAGUACAGAAGAAUUAGAACAACUUAUCCAGUCAUUCUAUCCAAACGGUCAGAAAGUGCCUAAUUCCUUUAUUACUAAUCCAGAGGGCACAAUUGCCAGUUCUUCUAAAGAGGCAGCACCUUUGCAAAGCCUGCAUUUUUCAAGUUAUAAUUGCUAUACUACUAAGGGAAAAGAUGCUCCAACCAAUGUUCACCCAAGAUAUCUGGUACAAGAAGAUGGUAGAAGGGUAAACUAUUCUCAGAUGCUCCCAUACCCAUCAGGAGAUAUACAGAAAUUCCCUAGUCUUUAUAACAAUCUUCAAAAGGUGUUUUCAGGAGCUUUGUCAUGGAUAGAAGUAUUAGUUAAGAAAUCCCUUCCUGAUGAAUAUGCGACCUUGGCAAAAGUUAUAGAUAUUUUGCCAGGACAGCCAAGAUCAUCUGUUUCUCCUUGGUUAUCCUGGGUGGUUAAUAUUAAUCUUUGCACAGAAGCUCAUCGUGACAUUGGUGAUAGCAAUAUUUGCUUGAUCCUUCCUAUUGGUUCCUUUCAAGGAGCUGAGCUUGUGUUAUUGGAGCAAGGCCUAGUUGUAGGAAGUCAGGAGACAUUAUCUGAUGUAUUAAAUUUAAAAUGCUUAAUAUUUGAAAUAACAUUUUUCUAUUUCGUACUCCUAGCAUCUGAUACAAGGUUUCCACAUGGUGCUGUGUACUUGGAGAUACAGCAUGUGCUCCCAAUGUUGCUCCAAUAG